AGCCCCUCCUUUCGAGCCUCCACUGGAGUUGUGAGCAAGUUACCCGCCUGCGGUGCUGCAACUUCCCUUCGCAGCCACUUUUUGACCGCCCAAACAUGGCUGCCACUCAGCAGCUGCCCAUGCAGUCGCGCACUGGUCGCGUGAACCAACGGUACGGUUCUCAGGGCGAACGACUAGUCGCAGGCGUUGUUCCGCUUUCCACCGACAAGUACUACGUGCUUCUCAUCCAGUCCACACGACGCGGCGGCUGGGUCCUCCCCAAGGGCGGCUGGGAGCUCGACGAAGCAACCGCUCAGGAUGCUGCUAAACGUGAGGCCUGGGAAGAGGCCGGCAUCAUCUGCAAAAUCAGCUACGACCUCGGUAUGAUUUCCGAGAAACGGAGAGCCGACCAGCUUACAGCCACCGCACCUAAAGCCUCAUAUCACUUCUUCGAGGCCGUCGUCGAGAAGCAGGAAGCACAAUGGCCGGAAAUGCACAAGCGGUCAAGACAGUGGUUCACAUAUACCCAGGCACGCGAGGCUUUGGCGCCAAGGCCUGAGCUGCUUGACGCACUCGACAGGUGUACCAUGCACCGGUAGAAGGUGCCAUGGUGUCUGCAGGCGCAGCAACGUACACUCUGCGCGCAGGCACCAGGUGUGGAGUUACGAAGCAUACCCUAUUCGGACCUUUGAGUCCUUUCUCGUCUUUUAAUACCACAC